UCCACCUACUGUGUGCAAGCGAGACACUCGUGACCUGUCGCUUAAGCACCGUCUCCAAAACAGUACCAGGCUUUUGGAUCAUGGUUUCUUUUCUCAAAAGUGUAGAGAAGAUGACUUCGGGACAUUUGGUCCUGACUCUCUGCUGCUGCAUUUUCGCAGGUGUAUCCGCGGAAUUCUCGGGAUUCGCACCGCAUUCGUGUCGGACACAGACGUUUUCCAGGACGCGAACGAACCGUGAAAUUAGCCCCAGGUUUAAAAGGGAUGUUAGCUCUGAAGGUUUCACCCCCUGUUUCUCAUCCCUCGAAGCUGCAGAUUUAAAGAAACUAAAGCAAAACACUCACGAGACUAAAUUUCUUGACGAUGAUGGCUCCAGUUUCAUCCUGAGCUGGGUGGGGGAUGGGACUGGUGUUAUUCUGGUCUUGUCCACUUACAAUAUUCCAAUCGACUGGUUCUUCGAGCAAGGCUCUUCACAUCUUUAUAGAAGUGAAGAUUCUGGAAAAACCUUCAGUGAUAUCUCCCAUGUCAUCAACAACACCUACAUUCGGAAAGAAUUUGGAAUCAACGUGGGUCCUGGUCAUUCACAGCGGGUUAUUCUCACUGCUGAUACAUCAGGAGAUGGAGAGAAACGAGGUGUAAUAUUUACAUCUGGUGACUCAGGAAUUUCAUUCCAAGAAACGACAUUGCCUUUCCACCCUGGACAGGUCAUUUCCUAUCACCCCUCAAACCCAGACUACUUGCUUGUUACCAGCACUGAUAAAACUUUGUGGUUAUCUGUAGACUUUGGACAAAAUUGGAGAAAAGUACACGCCAAUGUACAUUCCUUCUCAUGGGGGGCAGGUAUCACGCUUUUUUUCAGUACAAGCCCAAAAGGCACAGUUGAUGCUGACCGUAGAGGAGAGUUGUUCUUGAAAAGAACUGAGGAUCUGGGGAAAACCUUUACAACUGUCUCCAAGAACAUCUUUUCAUUUGGAUACAUAGGCAGUUUUCUCUUUACUUCUGUUGUGGAAAAACCAGGGAAACCCAGAGUCAUUUAUGUGUCAUCUAACCAGGGAGACAGCUUUAAUCAAGCUCAGUUACCUUCAGCCACACUAGAACAGUUCUAUUCCGUGCUUGAAGCAGAUGCUGAGAUGAUAUUUAUGCAUGUGGAUGAACCAGGAGACACAAAUUUCGGAACAGUCUACACCUCUGAUGACAGUGGCAUUGUUUUCUCCAAAUCAUUGGAACGCCACCUUUUCUCACCAGAAGGAAAAAGUGACUUCACAAACAUCACCUCACUUCGAGGGGUUUAUCUGACAAACGUCCUUGAAAAAGAUGGACGUAUUCGAUCAGUCAUAUCCUAUGACAGAGGAGGAGAAUGGAGACUCCUAAACAAACCAGAAAAUGUUAAAUGUGAAGCAUCUGUGAAGGAGUGCAAGCUUCAUAUUCAUGGGGAGUAUAGCCGGAUUCAAGAUUUGGCUCCCUUGAUACCACUGUCUGACCCAAGUGCCACUGGGCUUGUUAUUGCUCAUGGGAGUGUUGGAGAUUCCAUCAAAUCAGCCAGGCCUGACAUUUAUAUUUCGGAUGAUGGAGGGUACAGCUGGAUGAGAACUUUGAAAGGCCCACAUCAUUAUGCCAUUCUGGAUUCCGGAGGACUCAUUGUGGCUGUGGAAUUUAAUAUCGACAAGGCCAUCAAAUCAAUAAAGUUUUCGACGGACGAGGGACAGUGCUGGAAGUCAUAUGAUUUUACACAGCAGCCAGUGACCUUUGCUGGACUAGCAUCUGAACCAGGUACCAAGACAAUGAACAUCAGUGUCUGGGGCUACAGGACAGAAGAAGAUUCUAAGGUCACAUGGGUGUCGGUCACCAUUGAUUUUGAGGAGCUCCUCACACGAGACUGUGAAGACAAGGACUAUGUUUUGUGGUUAGCCCAUUCAUCAAAUGAAGAAAGCUCUGAUAAUGACGGUUGUGUUCUUGGGUACAAGGAGAGGUUCAGGAGACUGAAAAAGCUGUCUGUCUGCAGAAAUGGAAGGGAUUACAUUGUCAGCAAAGAAGAAACACCCUGCCCAUGCACAAGACAUGAUUACCUGUGUGACUAUGGUUACUAUCGCCAUGAAAACAGUUCAGAAUGUAUUGAACAGCCUGCUUUCGAGAACCAUACACUCGAGUUGUGUUUAAAUGGACAGGAAGAGUUGCUCCAAACAUCUGGAUAUAGAAAAGUUCCAGGUGAUAAAUGUGAAGGAGGAUUUACACCACAGCGGAAAGAGAAGAACAUAAAUAAGCAAUGUGGGGCAUUUUCUCAGGCUUCAGAGUCAAAACCUGAGACCACCAUCGUGACGGCUUUGACCAUUACCAUUAUGAUAGUGGCGUUAAGUGCUGCUGUAUUUCUCAUUGUUAGAAAAUAUGUAUUUGGAGGAAGGAUAUUGGCAUACCGCUUUUCUGCUUUGCAGCAACAGGAUGAUGACCCAUGCAUUACCGGCAACCUGAACAAUGUAGUCAGUAAUGGACGAGGUUUUCAUGACGACUCCGAUGAGGAUCUCAUUGGUUGAUCAUACUGUACCUUGAAAUACAAUUCUCCUUUUAUAUGUAAAAUGCGUUGGGAUCCUUUGCGAUGAAAAUCAAGGAAAGAAAGGAUGGAUCCUCAAACCUGUGGAUAUUUCUGUGUGAAAGAUAAUCUCAUUUUAAAGGGCUGAUGUGGGACCCUCCCCUCAUCUGUCAUAUUGUCUGCAAGCAUGUACAACUGUAAUUUCCAUGCCUUAAGGCAGGGUUGCAUAUUUCAUUUCUAAAUUUACAACUUAAGAAAAAUGAAUUGUUUCAAAGGACAAUUAAUUGUUUCAAUUAAGCAAAUAUUGAGUUAAAUCAUUAAUUAAGGACAGAGGUAUAAGGAAACAGAAACCUCCUGGCCCUUCACGACUGGAAUUGUGUGCCCUGUCUUAAACUUCUACGUGUUUGUGUGCUCAUGCCUUCUUAGCACUCAGCAGAUUGAGUCAUUUUCGUUAGUAUGUGAUUUUUCUUAUUUGCUAUAGGAAGGGGUGGAAAUUGAUUACUUAAAGCCAUGUUGUAUACCGUAUUUAUUAUAGUUUGAACAAAUGUAUGUUGUUUUCUUUCAAAAUAUUUAAUUAACAUUAAAUCUCAGGUGAAACGACACUUUAUAAUAAAAAUGUUUAUUUGCAGCAUGAAGCCAUUAAUGUACUUUACACUGGAUACAACUGUUACAUUUUUUGUUUUGCACUAUCUUAUAAAAAUGCAUGUCUUGACAAAUUCAAAAUGUGUUUAUUUGUAUAAAGUCUUUUGAUACAAGAGUAUGUAUAGGGGUGUUUUUAAAACAGUUAACGUUUUUAUUCAGUUUGAAAAGAUCCACAAAUGGUGUUUUCAUGUUCAACAAUUUUUGAGUAGUUUUUUUCUUCCAAAUGUGAUGUUAAAAUGGAGUACCAUUUAAGUUAAAUUCAGUAAAAUAAUUGGAAUAUUAAUUCACAACACAUGUUACUAUUAAUCAGAUGGAAACAUUUCCUAAAUUAAUGGCCUUGUAUUGGUACAGUGAUGCAAUGUGCAUGUUAAUGUACAAGUCACAACAUUCUUUCAUUUGCACAUAUCUGCCAAAAUGCAAUAACAAAAACACCAUACUCUAUUUUUGUGUUGUUAAAAUGUCCUUUUAGCUAAGUGAAAGUCACUUAAUGAUUAUUAUAUAUGUAUGUAGGAAAAGGGAUUUUUGCAGACUGCAACACUUUGUCAAACACAGCAUAAUUUAUCACAAACUUACUCUGACUUAAUAUUACUAUCACAAUUUAGAAGGCAAGGGUAUUCUUUAAUUUUAGAUCUUGUAAAUAACUUAUUUCGGCACUCUUUAAUGCUGUGAGAUGUCAGACACGGUUUAUUAUAUUUUUUCUUGCUGAAACUAUUUUUUGAUUUUAUGUAACAUUAAUAAAUUAUUUUAACUGGAAGUAAAAUACUAAGUAAGCAAACUGAAACCAAUUAUGUUUCCCUUUCUUUUUUGAUGUUAGAAAUCCAGAAUAAAACAGAAGCAUCUGA